UCAAAAUAGAGAGAAUGAUGAACUAUUGUGAAUCUCAGCAAACCUCAUUUUAGUUUAUUAACCUGAUGGCAUAGAAAACAGAAAAACAGCUGAAGUAAUUGAUCCAUCAAUGAAAAUUUCCUAAACCACUUCUUCAUUCCAAAAACAGCAGUAUCAUGAACGAACAAGGUGAUGAUGACACAGGCUGAGAAAUAAGAUUGACGGGUGUCAUCUGUACAACUCCCCAGGGGCUCAACUCAAUAUCAAGAAAAGGGUUAACCCUCAAAGAAGAAGAAGAAUAAAGAAGAAUGAAUUUCUCUGGAGUCAUCCUUUCUGCUGUGCUCGUGCUUCUGCUUUCUUUGACUGCUCAGUGCAGGAAAAUCGACUGCAAGUCUGUAUGCUGCACAUUUGUGGAGGGCUUUCCUGCCAGGCUGAAGGAGCUCCGUUCAUCAUAUAAAGAAAUACUGAAAUUUUAUGACUCUAAUGACGAUAACGACGCUUUGAUAGACGGCACUGUGCAACAUAACAUCAAUGGUCCUUACGGAUGUCACGUCGUGGACGAGAUCCUGCGCUUUUAUUUGGACACGGUCCUGCCGACAGCUGUGAAGAAGAACCGCGCGCACACCAAAACGCAUAUUGACUCCAUCGGAAAUAUUUUCCAGAGUCUCCAAAGGGACAUGGUGAAAUGCAGAAAGCAUUUUUCUUGCCAAAAGCCCUUUGAGAUCACCAGCUUUAAGAACUCGUAUGAAAAGAUGGCAGAUACAGGCGUUAACAAAGCCAUGGGAGAGCUUGAUUUGCUGUUUAUGUACAUUGAACAAUUUGUAGCAUCAAAGAGAGGCAUGCACUAAUACACUCUUAAAUGAAAUGUUUUAAGCAGAUUCUUUUAAAAGAGUUAUAAUUUCUGGUUCUCCAAAGGACCUUUUCUAGUUAAAGUUUCUACCUUUUUAUAGCCCAUACAUCCGUUUUCCACUACAAAGAAUCUUUUGUGCACCAGAAAUGGUCGUUUUUUAUGUAAUAGGUUUUUUAGGAGUGUAUAUCUCAGUGUGGAUUGGAGGGUGGGCAUGAUGACUUCAGUCAAACUCCGAAAGCAAUUGGCAGGACAAUAUUUAAUUCUUCUUUAAUUUAUUAUUUUCUGCAUCUUACUACAUGUUGAUGCACUUCAGUGUCUGCCUCGUUUGCCUUCAGGAGUUCUGGAAAAUGUCAUAUUACUUGUAUUUUAGUUUUCUGAAACUGUUACAUGUUAUUUAAGUCACAUUGACUUUGUAUUUUGCCGUAUUGAAUACUUGAAAACUAUUUAUGUGUUUAUAAACUUAAUUAUUUAUUUUAUUUUGUUUUAAACAUUUUAUAAAUGUUACCUUUUUUCCUAUGCUUAUAUGUAAUUGUUUACAAAAUAUAUAAUAAAUUAUUGCGAAUA